AUGCCUUUCCCUUCCAAGACAGCUCUCGUAACAGGCGCAACUUCCGGCAUAGGCCUCGCCCUGGCUGAGCGUCUCAUCGCCAACGGCACCUUCGUAAUCGCCGUCGGCCGCCGCCAAGACCGUCUCGCCGACCUCGUAGCCACUCACGGGGCCGACAAAAUCGCCGCAGAACCGUACGACAUGACGGACCUCGAUAACAUGGCCGAAUGGGUCAAGAACAUCAAAGACACCGAGCUGACGACGCCAAGAAUAACGUCAACCUACCCAACCCUAGACACCGUGAUCCUAAACGCGGGGAUCCAACGCACCGUAGACUUCACCAACCCGCAAUCCAUCUCCCUGCCCAAUGUCUCUUCGGAGCUGACCACAAACUACCUCGCGCCCCUGCACCUGACAACCCACUUCCUCCCCCAUCUCCAGUCCCUCGCGCAAAACACGUCGGGCUCCUCCUCGUCGUCGUCCAAGCCUCAGGGCCACAUCAUCCUCGUCACCUCGGGCCUGGCGCUGGUUCCCAUCCCCCGCUGCCCGAACUACUGCGCCACCAAGUCCGCCUUGCACUCCCUCGCGUGGACCCUCCGCAGCCAGCUCGCCGACCACGACGCCUCGUCCCACAUCCGCGUCAUCGAGGUCCUCCCCCCCGCCGUACAGACCGAGCUGCACUCCCAGCAGCCGGAUCUCGUCGCCGCGGGACAGGGCAACUUCGGGAUGCCGUUGGACGAAUUCACUGAAGAGACGUGGGCUGAGCUGGAGAAGGGCGAGUUGGAUGAGAUUAUUGUCGGCACUGGGAAGCGUUUUGCUCCGAUUGAGGCGGAGAAGAGGAAAGCGUUUGAGAAGCUUGCUGAGAUGUUUAAAAAUGGCAACACAGCUUGA